AUCACCUCGUAUGUGUUGCAUCGGCGAGUAUCUAUCGAGUUUUACUAAACGUUCAACAUGUUGCUGUUUUUAAUAUGGCUCACUGCAAUCAAAAUUCAUUCCUGUUUCGGCACAGAUGGCAUCAUACUGUCGGAGAAAGUAUCGGUGUCUUCAGAGGAUACUGUAGUGGCUGACGACCCGCUCCCGGUUGUAUCUUCUGAUCGAAUCGUUGGAGGACAAGAAAUUGACAUUAUUGAGGUUCCUUAUCAAGUAUCGUUCAUUGUUAACAAUUCAUACUUCUGUGGCGGAUUCAUCGUUAGCGAGAAACAUAUACUCACCGCAGGACAUUGUGCUCAGAACGUAGAUCCCAGUACAGUGGUACUUCGAGCGGGCAGUACUUGGCGGAAGAAUGGUACCAUUAUCCCGAUAGCAAAAGUGACACCUCAUCCUCAGUACAAUGACCCAGCAUUCGACAAAGAUGUAGCUGUCAUGCAGACUGUUGAACCGAUGAAUUUCGAUGAGACGAUGCAACCGAUCCCUCUGGCGCCAAUGAAUAGGAAGAUGAAAGGCGGCACGGAAAUUGUGGUCAGCGGGUGGGGACGAACGCGGGAAGGGGCCCCCACAAUCCCUGAUCAUUUGAUGGCCGUCCAGAUACCGGUAGUCACCUGGAACCAGUGUUAUAUGACCUACUUUUCGGUACUGACUGAAAAUGAAUUCUGUGCCGGCAACUUAUUUCUUGGAGGCCAGGGAACAUGCCAGGGUGAUUCCGGAGGCACUGCAAUCCAGGACGGCAUGGCUGUAGGCAUAGUGUCAUACGGUCGAGGUUGUGGACAGCCACUCAGUCCCAGCGUCUUCGCUGAUGUAGCGGCCCCCACCAUCAGAGAAUUCAUCAAGGAACACACAGGACUCUGAUUGUGUUAUAUAUUCAAUUUACUCGAAAU